AUGGACGAUAGUCAAGAGUCGACGUUUUCCAUUUCAAAAUAUGAUCCGUAAGUGCUCCUUUUUUUUUAAAUAAAAAUUCCAAUAAUUACUUACCGUAGGAACUGUAUUUUAUUUAAAUCGAUAUAUCUCAGCUGUCGGUAGAGAUAUGAGAAAGUUGUCAACGUACAAAAUGUUCAAAAUUUUAUAAAGAACAAUUUAUCGGUCUACAAAUUUUUGAUAUCUAUACAGGCAGAUGAGAUAUACACCUUUUUUGCAGUAACGACGAUGCGUCACUAAGUCAAUACAUGUCUUUACACGUAAGUCGGCAUUUCAAAGCAAUUGAGAAGAACACAUUUGUUUAUAGGAAUGUGAACGAGAAAUUCAGUCUCUGGAACGCGACAUUCGUCAGCAGAAGGAGUCGAGUGCGAACGCGAAAACGGCCAUCACUUUCGACCAACUGCGCAAAAUACACACGUACGUAUAGGCGGCGGGCCGUCCGAAAUGACGGACGCCUCGAUAGCUCAGUUGGGAGAGCGUUAGACUGAAGAUCUAAAGGUCACCAGUUCGAUCCUGGUUCGGGGCAAUUCUCUUUUUGCAGUCGUUCGAAAAAGAUAUAAUUUUUUAGGCUAUCAACAAUGUUGGGACCUCACAAAGAGAUUUUCUUCGAUAGAAUUUGUCGAGCAGCCGAUAUUCAGAGAGCUUCGUUGAAAAAUCGGUUAAAGUCGAAUAAAGAUGUAGGUUUCGUGAAAACUUGCUCUAAUUCUGACUCUAUUUUGAGUUUUAAAUUCGGCCGGAAUCUGCAAAAAAUGUCUCGAAUUUCAAUGUCUUAUCAAACUUGAAACGUUCAGAAAUUCGAGCCCAGUACGCCACUCGGUUUUUCGCAAGCCUUCGACUCUCAAUCCCAAAACUCUCUUGUUUCGGAUAGUCAAAGUUUUGUGGUGACGCCCACGACGCUUCAGAAUCUUCUACAUCAUCCGGUAAACACUCUACAACAACUUUUAGGCCUUUACGAACAUUAUUACAGCGAAAAAAUCCGGAAAUGUUGGCCCCGAUGGCGUCGGAAGAGGAUUUGAUGAGAUUUCCGGCCGAACGACAAUUCGAACUAAUGCAAAUCGGAUUUAGUUACGAUGAGGUGAAGCAGUUGUUGGAAAUGUUUGAAAAGUUUAAAAACGAUGUGCAAGAACUGAACAGACAUCAUAAUUUGGGACAGGUACCGAGAAAUUAUCAUUAAAAUAAACUCGCCCACUAUUUUCCGCAGACUUUACACCAAUUCUGCAACUACAUUUCAAUUUACGCGCCGGUCAAUCUCAAAAUGAUCAGCUCGGCUUUCAAUCUUUUAGAACUCGGAAAUUCUUGUAAUGAGGUGAAACGAGUACUUCUAAAAGCGGUUUGUCUACGAGUAAAGUGCGCUCUAUUGCGAAUUGAAUAAGUUUUCAGCGUGGACGUGCCGAAUCCGAGGAAUCGGAAGCGUCUUUUGCGAAGAAACCGUGUUUGAGUCGGUCUCCCGAAUCUCCGAAUCGAGACGAUCUCAUUCUGGGAUUGGAUCGGUCGCCGCCCAGUGAUGAUGGAACUCAAAAGUUGUGA